AUGGCUUCUCGUGGUCUUCCCCGUGCUCUCCGCCUGGCCCGUGUGGCAGCUCCUCGUGCCGCCGCCAUGUCCGCCACCCUUCCCCGGCCCAUUCUGGCCGCCGCUGCCGCUACCGUCCCUCGUGUGUCCGUUGUGACUCCAAUCCGUGGAAUUAAGACCAUUGACUUCGCCGGGACAAAAGAAACCGUCUACGAGCGUGAGGAUUGGCCUCGUGAGAAGCUGCAGGAGUACUUCAAGAACGACACACUUGCACUCAUCGGCUACGGGUCCCAGGGCCACGGCCAGGGUCUGAACCUGCGUGACCAGGGCCUCAAUGUCAUCGUUGGUGUCCGCAAGGAUGGUGCUUCCUGGAAGGAGGCCAUCCAGGACGGCUGGGUCCCCGGAAAGAACCUGUUCGACGUCACCACCGCCAUCGAGAAGGGUACCAUCAUCAUGAACCUCCUCUCCGACGCCGCUCAGAGCGAGACCUGGCCCACCAUCAAGCCUCUCCUCACCAAGGGCAAGACCCUUUACUUCUCCCACGGCUUCUCCCCUGUUUUCAAGGACCUGACCAAGGUCGAUGUCCCCAAGGACAUUGAUGUGAUCCUUGUUGCCCCCAAGGGCUCUGGCCGUACCGUCCGCACUCUUUUCCGUGAGGGCCGUGGUAUCAACUCCUCCAUUGCCGUUUACCAGGACAUCACUGGCAAUGCCAAGGAGAAGGCCAUUGCCAUGGGCGUUGCUGUCGGUUCCGGAUACCUGUACGAGACCACUUUCGAGAAGGAGGUCUACUCCGACCUAUACGGUGAGCGUGGCUGCCUCAUGGGUGGUAUCCACGGUAUGUUCUUGGCUCAGUACGAAGUUCUGCGCGAGCGUGGCCACAGCCCGUCCGAGGCCUUCAACGAGACCGUCGAGGAAGCCACCCAGUCCCUGUACCCUCUGAUCGGAGCCAACGGCAUGGACUGGAUGUACGCGGCUUGCUCCACCACUGCUCGCCGUGGUGCCAUUGACUGGUCUAGCCGGUUCAAGGACAACCUGAAGCCUCUGUUCAACGAGCUCUACGACAGCGUGCGCGAUGGCUCAGAGACCAAGCGGUCUCUCGAGUAUAACUCGCAGAAGGACUACCGUGAGAAGUACGAGAAGGAGAUGCAGGACAUCCGUGAUCUUGAGAUUUGGCGUGCCGGCAAGGCCGUUCGCGCCCUCCGUCCCGAGAACCAAAAAUAA